AAAUACCCUAAUCUCACGUGGGCGACAUUUUUCUUUUCUCUGCUUGUAACAGCAAAUCUGAAAGCGUAAUCUGCUGCAGCCAGAGAAGAAGAAGAAGAAGAAGAAAUGGGAAAAGGAACGGGAAGUUUCGGUAAGAGAAGGAACAAGACGCACACACUUUGUGUUCGAUGCGGUCGCCGUAGCUUUCAUCUCCAGAAAAGCCGUUGCAGUGCUUGUGCUUACCCCGCCGCUCGUCUUAGAAAAUAUAACUGGAGCGUGAAGGCUAUCCGUAGAAAGACCACUGGUUCUGGUAGGAUGAAGUACCUCCGCAAUGUCCCACGCAGGUUCAAGACCAACUUCAGAGAAGGUACUCAAGCAACUCCAAGGAACAAGGGAGCUGCUGCAGCCACCUCGUAAGCAUCAAAAAGGAUGGAAUUUUGUUUUGUUUACAUUUGCAACCUAGAAGUUUUGGAUCAUUAUUAUCGACUUUUUGUUAUGAAUUUGGCUAUUUAUUGGCUUCUCUUGGCUUCUCUUGGCUUGUUCAAAUCACUUCGUAUAUUACUGUUCUGUUUUUGGCAAUACCAAAUGAGGUCUGCUUAAUUAGUCAUGGAGCCAUAUUUUUA